ACUUGGCUUUAAUAAGGCCUUCUAUAGUCAUAUUCCCGCGUUUAAAGUAAUGAAACAAGAAAGUAUCUUUGCAUAUUUCCCAGCAAAGAGAAAACGUUACGAUUUAGCACCUCAAAAAACUUUAGAACUUACACCAAAAAAUAAGCCUUGUCGGAAGGUGGACUUGCCUCCAAUUAUCCCCGCUAAAGUUCCAAACGGUAUAAUAUGUGGCGCUCCGAUUACUAGUCUUAACGAAAAUAAUUCUGAACCUGAUAAUAUCUCUAAAAGUGCAGUAUAUGACUCAGAAGAAAGAAAAGUUAGUAAUUUGACUUUACCUUAUCCACAAAGCGAGACGAUAUCUCUUGAUGCACAGAAGUGUUUUGGUUAUAAAGCAUCCGCGAACUCCUCUUCCCCACUUCCACCACUUUCUCCCUUAAGUCCAUCUUUGAGUAUACAUAAAACUACAUCUCAGAAGGAAGAACAACUGGAGACAAACGUUAGCUCGAAAGCUUUGUCUACUAAGAAAGCUUCUACCAUAUCUUCCGCUUAUAAAUCUAAAAAUACAGUUUUAUUAAAAAAGCAGAACAAUGAAGAGAUCCAAUUUCCAGAAAAAACUUCUCGAAAAUCUUUAAGUGCUUAUGAGGAAACUUUCCUUAAAGAUAUAACACCGAAAACUGGCACUGCGACAAAACUUUUUUGUUCAUCUUCGCGUGAAACAUCUGCAGUCAUUGCAAGGCUUAAACACGAUAAAGUUUAUUCAGUUGGGCCUGCCUAUGAAAUCGCACGUGUUCCUACCUCUACCUUUGAGAAAUUUAAAAAUCGCGUCGUUGCAAAAAGACUCGCGUCCAAACCCACUUCAACUGGGGAUAGUGCGAAGGAAGACUUGGAGAGGAUAUUUACUUUGCCGAAAGCCUUCGAGGAUUUGCUGCGAAGAUUCACUGCGUUGGAUCACGCGCUUCGUAUUGAACAAAAAAAAAAUCUUAAAUUAACUUUUGAGAAAGCCAAAAGUUUUAUUGAAAACUUAACUAAACUAGAUUUUGAGAAGUCGCAUCUUGGACGCUUCUUGACGGUUUUCCCGAAGGCGUUUGUGUGCGAGUUGAUUCCUAACGAAGAUGCCAAAUUGCAAAGGAGAGGAACUGCCCGCCACGCGGAAGAUUUUUGGAAAUUUCUAAUUUGGGGGGAUCUCUCGCGGACUCGAGAAGACGGAUCCAUAGAUUCCGUUUCUCCAAUUACUAUGCAAAACCGGCAGAAACAAUUCAAAUCCUUUCUUUAUAAACUCAUAGCAAAAAUUCACGACAAAUUUGCUCUCGCCAAAGAAGGAGAGGAAAAGUGGAAGCGCCACGUGUCUGCCUGCCGGGAAAUGGGGGAGGAGUACCCCCUCCAUCCAUCGUUCAGAAUUUACGAACUUACUGAAGACGAUAUCGAGGUUGCUUCUCUUCCUGAACCUCCUAAGCUGGAUCUUUCUCAUCUUCCGAGUGCCCGAGAGUUUCUUGUGCAGCACUCGAAUAACAAAGAAUGGGCACUGAAAAUGAAGCAGAAGUGUGCAGGACGGGCGUUAGCGGCCGGGAAUAAUCGCCACGAGGGGCCCAAAAGGGACCUUCAGGAAGACCGUGAAAAGCCCGCGAGGCUCUCUGCCUUUGAGCGUCUGAAGGCGCAAGUUCUUACAAAGGAUAUACUAAAUAAAUUGGACGAACGUGAAGCGGUAAAGCAAGCACUGGAAACGCACGGCCUCCACGCAGAAGAGCUGGCGCGCCUCGCACAGUUGCAGCGUCUUCCGCGAAUGGUCAAUAUCAUAUACUCCAUGGCGGCCGGUGGCCGAAAGGACUGCUGGAAGUUUGCUGUCCUUGUGGAUCGCCUGCAUUACUCUUAUCUUCCGAAACUCGAGAAAUAUGUAGUUUCUGCGUCGGUCGAACUUCUGAGCGCGGUGGUACCGUGGUGGAUGGAAAUUUUCAAAAACGAUCUCGGAAAAUUUAUCCGUGUGAGGCUAGAGCACUCGCCAGAGAACGUCAAGGCCGCCCUCCAGGUGGAAAUAGAAAGGGGAAUGGCCCGAAAGGCCUCAAGCCACGUGGCUAUGCAAGUAGCAGUGGAGCACGCAAUAAAAAAGCACUGA